GGUAUCGUUGUUUCACAUCUCAUAAAAGCAUUUUCUUCUUAAUUGCUUACCUUUCACAGGAAAAAUAAAAAUCAUCACAUUUGAUAACUUGUGUUACAUUAUUAUAUAUUUAAGGCAUGGAUCUUAGUUUUAAGCAUCAAUUUAGCCUUGUCUGUGUUAUUCUGUUGUUUCCAGUACUAUGUAAUUGCAAGGAAUAUUAUACCAAAUCCAGAGCUUCCUAUUAUGGCACCUCUGACGGCUAUGGAAAUCCAAGAGGUGCUUGUGGUUUUGGAGACUAUGGAAAGACAGUCAAUGAUGGCAGUGUAACAGCUGUGUCUGCAAAGUUGUGGAAGAAUGGAGGAGGCUGUGGUGCAUGCUAUCAAGUGAGAUGCAAAAUACCACAAUAUUGUGAUGACAAUGGAGCAUUGGUGGUGGUAACCGACUAUGGUGAGGGAGAUAGAACUGACUUCAUAAUGAGUCCACGCGCCUUCUCAGGAUUGGGACGCAACGCAGCUGCAUCUGAAAAGCUGAAGAAAUAUGGAGUAUUGGAUGUUGAAUACAAAAGGGUCUCAUGUACAUUUAAAGGUAACAAUAUCGUGUACCAGAUCAAUGAGCACAGUCAAAACCCAGGUUACAUUGCUAUCGUGAUCCUCUACGUUGGUGGAACGUAUGAUGUCAAUGCUGUUGAGAUGUGGCAGAAAGAACAGCACAAAUGGGAGUACAUGCGUCGGUCUUAUGGGGCAGUAUUUGACUAUGCUAACCCACCCAAAGGUGAAAUCAGAUUGAGGUUUCAAGUUAGUAGCAAUGUUGGGGUCAAUUGGGUGGAGUCAAGGUUCGCAAUACCUGCAGGUUGGAAAGCUGGUGCUACUUAUUCCACCAAGAUUCAGACUUAAUAAUUCAUUAGUACAAAAAAGCAUGCAGUUUAAAAUCCCAUAAUAAACUGUUGUUAUAUCAAAAAAAUGUGACUAGAAUAAAUGGGAUUCAUGUACCUUCAUUCCAUCUGAAACUUCAUCGUAAUGGAGUAUCAUACAAUAAAAUAGUACUCUAUUAAUAAUUUACUUUAUAUA